AUGGAUGGAGAAUCUAUCAACGCACAGCCUACCGGCGAACAUCUCAUCAUGCGUCCAUCCACCAGGGCUGACUUAGACUCGAUAACCUGCGUUGUCGAAGCCGGCUUUCCUGAUGAUCUCGGCUGCCCUUACAAAUUCCCCUACCGUGCCAAAUACCCGGAGUACAUUGACCAGCCUGAGAAAUACAUCUCACUCGUUGUUACUGCCCCAGUCUCACUUGGGAAAGAGGUUGUUCAAAAACCCAUUUCGAUUGGCAUAUGGGACGUGGCAGGUGAGACAAAGUCUGCCGGUGGCGGCCUAGGUAUCAAUGAGCGCCGAGACGCUAAUCCUGAACAUAUGAGGGCCUAUUCUAGGACGAUGACCUACGCUUUCGAUACCUAUUUCGCGAAGUAUGGAAAUAGGCAACUUCAUCUUGGGUGGCUUAUCACACACCCCGAUUUCCGUCGGCGUGGGGCCGCAACCAUGUUGUGUGAUUGGGGUCGCAAAGAGGCCAUGAAGAGGGGCUGGAUGUGGACCGUGAUAGCCAGUCCAAUAGGAAAAUUACUCUACGAGCACCUUGGAUGCGACCUUGUUGGAGCUGAGACCAUACGAGUACUUGGAGAGGAUGAGAGCGUGGAUAUCUACAUGAUGGAGGAAAGAUUCAAACAUACUGCCUGGCAUGAAUCUGUCAUUGCCCCAGUCUCUACGCUAAUGAGUCUUGGCCUCGGGGCGCUAUACUACAUUUUCGGGAGAAAAUAG